AUGGCGUCCGCCCGUGAUGGGUGCGCGAGCUCCCGCUUGGUGCGCCGAGACCUCCCGGCUCGGCCACCGCGGGACGGUUACGGGGUCUACGUUUACCCGAAUUCUUUCUUUCGAUAUGAAGGAGAAUGGAGAGGAAGCAGGAAACAUGGUCAGGGCCAACUUCUGCUGAAAGACGGGAGUUAUUACGAAGGCGAGUUUGUAGACGGAGAGAUCACGGGAGAGGGCUGCCGGCACUGGGCCCUGACAGGGAACACCUACACCGGACAGUUUGUUCUGGGAGAACCCCAAGGACAUGGUGUCAUGAAGUACAAAGCCGGCGGACGUUAGGAAGGGGAGCUCUUCCGCGGCCUGAGAGAAGGACAGGGGCACCUAGUGGACGCAGAUGGACAAGUGUACCGGGGGUCGUUUCACGACAGCAAGCGGCACGGCCAAGGACGGAUGGUCUUCCAGAACGGAGAUGAGUACGAGGGCGACUGGGUCCAGGACCAGCGCCAGGGCCACGGGACGCUGCGCCGUGCGGACGGCCCCAUCUAUGAGGGACGGUGGCACGGUGACGUGGUCAGUGGACGGGGCAACGGGGCCCACUGCUCCGGGGGCAUCUACCGAGGGGUGUGGACCAACGGUCACCCCGUGGCACGAGCCACAGGGAUCGUGAUUUGGGGUCCGGAGGUGGUGGACGUGGCCCAGGGAUCUUCCUUCACGUUGACCAUUCAGCUGCAGCGGGACGAUGGGGAAGCUGCCACGAGAGAGGACGGCCGGGUGGUGGAGAUCUCCGCGGGCAUCCGAUACGUGCAGCUCCCAGCCUACUCGGAGGUCAGCUUUUUCAAAGUGGACGAUGGUCACAGAGAGACACCCAUCCAGACCCCAUUCGGGUUCCAGUGCAUCUCCUACCCUCUGUCCGGCCCCAAGUCCAGGGGCCUGGAGCCCAGAGCUGCUCUGGAAAGUGCCGGUGCCUACUCCCCACUCCCCGAGGGAGACCCCUGCGCCCUGCCCGUCCCCCCGCCACGGACACGCGGCAGAUGCGGCAGAGCAUCUCCCCCACGACGACACGCGCCCUGUCCUCGAGCCCCUCGGACGUGUUGCACGGAGCCCGGGUCAGCCCAGGGUGGUGAACACGCUGCGUCUGUCUGUCCUCCGUCUGUCCUGUGGUGCACGCUCCAGCCCUGCCGUGAGGAGGAAUCAUCCCAGCUAGAGGAAACGUCCCAGAGAAAUAUAAAAAGGUACCGCGUUGCUUCCAGGGCCAACGCCGUGAGUGACGAUGGAGGUGAGCUCAGAUGUGAGGGGGGAUGUCGGCCUGGAACCAAGCGUCAGGAGGGUGAGGGGUCGGGGGCCGCAGGACCCCGAGACCACAGCUCCUGGGAGCCGGGGCCUCAGGGGGUGCCCUCCCCGGUGGCUCUCCUGGACACUGGGCCCUCUGGCCCUGUGGCGGCCCCGUGGCCUGGGAGCCCCAGGAAGGAGGAGGGGCCUCCUCGCCCCAGGAGCUCUCCUGAGCACGGUUUCUGCCCCCGUGUCACCUCACACGUCACCGGGCCCGUGGCCUUCCUGUGUCGGCGCCAGCGCUGCCUGCGGGUCCCCGCCCAGGGGGGACCACCCAGGGCACCACACUGGGGUCAGGCUCCUGCACCGCCUGAGGUGCCGGUUGACGUGGCCACGGCCCGGCUGGCAGGGCACCGGGGUCUCGUGGUGCAGGCUGUGGCCUCUACGGAGGCGCCUGCUGUGAGCACCUCGCCUCCGUCCCGGGGUGUCCAAGCCCCCCACGAGGCUUUGGGCCUUCUCGAGCCCCCCACCCAGGCCACCAGCAUCUCCCCAGCCUGUCUCCAGCCAGGCCUGGACACCACCCACCCCAUAAACGCUCUACGCCGCCGUCCGUGCACGGGCCACCUGAGGACAGGGUGGCCGGGGACGGCAGGCUUGGACGUCAGACAGCAGAGCCAACAGAAGCUGAGUGACCCAGUGGACGGGCCAGGAAGCCACCGUCCAGCCAAGACGGAGGAGGCGGCGGGGAGCAUGUCCGAGACGGGGGACAGCGGGCCUGACGGGGCUGUGUUUGGGACGGUCCUGGGGCGACCCCGCACCAACGCCACGUCGCAGAGCCCCCCGCAAGCUCAGCUGUCGGCCUCUGUGCGGAAAAGGCAGCGCGGAGCUGGGGGACACAAGCCCCGCUGCCCUGAGGACCGGCGGCCAGCAGAGCGAAGCUGCACCCAGUUCUCUGACGUCCGCCUCGGGCCCCCUCCAGCCGGGUACCACCCCCCGCUGCUCCCGGACAGCCUCCGCGAGCAGGCCCAGAGGCCUGGGCUGCAGGAGGACGACGCCCCCAGUGCGGGCCCCGCCCGGAGACAGCAGCAACCCCCCGAGUCGCCGUGCCCCCCCGCCGGGGUGGUCACUCUCUCUGACGUGUCCGUCGCUCUCGCUAAAGACGCAGGGCGGCGGCACACCCCGGUCCAAGUGCCCGCCCCUCACGGGGGGGGUGUCGUCGUGACCCGUGACAUGACCGCCCCUCCGUUCCCGGGCCACACGCUACCCGCUGCCUUCAAACACCUUCGGGUCUCGGCGCAGGGCUCGGCCAAGAGCCCCACGUCCCUGGAGGCGGCCCUGCAGCCCCGAGCUAGGGGGCUGCCCGAGGCACCCACCACUGGCUUUAAUAGAACGCGCGACACCGACUUCCGAGGGGACCCCCUCCCCCGACCCCCGGACGCACGUGGCGGCUCAUCUGGGCGUCACAAGGCGGGGCGGCCGGUGGUGGUUGGUGCCCUUCUCGGCUGGCCCGUCUGCACCAUCCACGCUCUCCCCGGGGUGAGCCCAGGCCUGGCGGUCCCAGUCCCCCGGCCACCGAGCCCUGCAGCGAAGCCGGCCCACCUGACCCCUCGGGCCAGCACUGCCCGGAGGCCGGCCAGCCAGCGCCUGCCUCCCCGCCGUCCCUGCCUUGGAGGGUGGCUCAGGGGCCCCGCUGGCAACCUGGGGGUCAGGACGGCUCCCAAACGAGAAAUCAAGAGGCCGUAG